AUGGAUACUGUUUACAAGGGCAGCUCGGUUAGGAUUCGCCUGGACAUGCUGUUCUUGGACAAGUUCAUCUGUAAUCUCAACGUGUUCCAUUAUCCCUUCGAUAAGCAAAACUGCAGCGUUUCUUUCGCGUUCACGUCUGUUCACAAGAAAUUCGUCACCUUCAAGAAAGAAAACGUGGAAUUUACCGGGGAAGCUGCUCUAAAUAAUUACAUAGUUGGGGACUUCGAAGUCAAGCGCAUGGAUGAUCCAACGAAGCCAUUCGGGAUAAUAAAGGUGGAAUUUACCCUGAAGAGGCGCUUCGACCGCAUCGUCCUGGAGCUUUUCCUGCCCUCCUUCAUGCUGGUUGCCAUCGGCUACGCCACCCUUUUCAUCAAGCUCUCUCUCCUGCAGGUGCGUCUGACGGUCAGCCUGACAACUUUACUGGUCCUCUACACGCUCUCGAACCAAAUCAGCAAAUCCUUACCCUCCACGUCAUACAUCAAGCUGAUUGACUGCUGGUUUUUCUAUUGCCUUUUCCUCCUUUUCCUCGUUAUCAUCUUUCAUGUUUUUAUCGAGCGGCUGGAGGAGACAUCGGCUUCAAAGGUGAUUCCACUCUGCGGAAAGAGCAACGACCCAAAAACUCGUCCGAACAUGUGCAAGUCGGAAAGAGUUUUAAACAUAGUUCGGUUAAUUGUUGUUCCGAUCCUAAUCAUUGGCUUUAAUGUCGUCUUUUGGUGUGAAGACCUUGAAUUGUGUCUGGAGAAAUUCAUGAGUAGAGGCAAGUCUUUAAGAUACAAUGCAUUGGAAGGACUCAGACUCUUUGAGUUUUGCCAACGGCAGAACGCGUACUUAAGUGAAUCUUAUUCCCGACCUCCGACGCACACACUCUGA